AUGGCCGCUCCCAACUUCCGUAGCGCAUCUGUUUCCGCUCCCCAGACCCGCCAGGUCUCCCCUCCGCCUAGUAGGUUCGGCGCAUCUUGCGCUCCUCCCUUGCGCCAGAACUCGCUCGACAGCUUCCGCGCCAAGGUCAAGCCGCUCGUGAUUGCGCGCCCCGCCACCGCUGACGAGGCGCCCGGCGAGCGCCAUCCUCUAGAAAUCUGGGAGAUUAACUACGACGAGAUUUUCCCCAACUCCGCGCGCCUCGCGAAGCAGUUCGCCGAAAAGUCGCUCAAGCUGUCCAGCCCGCCCGUUCCCAGCGCCGCAUCACCCGCCGCAUCAUCCGUCGUACCAUCAGCGGCUUGCGCUUCCGCUGCGCGGACAGCGCCCCAGCAGCUCACUCCCCGCGAUCGCGUUUCUGAGGCGCUCCCGUCGCUGUCCCCCGACGUCGACAAUUCUAGCCCGCUUUCCGAGCUCGCCUCCCCACAAUCUCCCCCCCGCAUCACCAUCCCCGCGCGCGCGCUCGACGAUUUCACCUCCCCCCCGUCGUUCCCCCAGCUGCGCGCGCGCAUGCUCGGUUGCAAGCUCGGCACGCCUUGCAUCGUGUCGCUCGCCCGCACGCCCGGCGAUCCCGGCGCGUGGGACGCCGACGACGAGGAGUACGAGUCAGAAGAGAGCACCCGGCGGCGGUUCCGCCGCUCCGGUAGCACCGGCGGAAGCCGCCACUGGGUUGGCGAAAAGCAUCCGUGCUCCCUCCCACCUCCUGCUCCCUCCCACCUCCUGCUCCCUCCCACCUCCUGCUCCCUCCCACCUCCUCCUCCCUCCCACCUCCAUCCCUGCUCAUCACUUUUCACACCGUACAGGCUAGCCCUAUCCCCAGCAUCACUCCAACCCAUCACUUCAUGCCGCCAUUACCAGCACUCCCUCCCAUCACCAUCCUCCCAGCAGUACCCAUCUCAACUCCCAAGCACCGUGCGCUCUGCCCCUCCACAUCCCCGUCACUCCUCUCAGCCACCCCAGGUAACGCCUCCCCCAGAUACUCCCUCCUGA